UAUAAAUUUCUUAGUUGAUUAUUACCGUUCCUACCUGUAACUUCUGUCCAAUUCAACUGAAUACCAAUACUGAUGUAGUUUACUUCUGAUCGAAGUUUAAUCCAAAACACCGUCACCUUCUUUGCGUUAGACCUCAAGACCAACUGUCUUCCUGAGAAAUUUCGUGAUCAUUGCCCGUCGAACACGAAUCACAGUAGUAAACGAACAAGAAAACUUCGCGCUGGACCAUACAUCCAUGAAUUUCAUUAACAAGUUUUUGCGUACUCCAAUAUAAGAGUGUAACAUUUAUUUGUCGAAACAUACUUGAAGGAGAAAUUUCGAAUGAACCGUUACUCGUUAAGCACACUACCCCCUAAGAACGGUUAGUUUCAAAAUUAUCCAAUGAAGGACGUCCAUUGGACUCUUGUUGAAUAUUUUGGACUUCUCAGUGGGACACAAAUUCUCUUUUUUGUUUACUGUUAUGAUUCGGCUUCGGCGAAUAAUGAUUCCGGAAUUUCUUUAUAAAGAGAGUUAUCACAGUUGCCUAUGACGACUUUUUCCAAGAUUAUAUAAAAUUUGUUCGUUAUGUGUGUGAGUAAAAGAGAAACCUUGCAGCUAUAUCUUCACAUUUACGAUAGUCUUCGAAUCUAUUACAAAGGCUAACAAACUUGAAACUAAAAUUGAAAAAGUUUUUAUCUCUGCCCAUAUUUUUUUUUCAAUUAACAAUACUCAAUAAAGAUUAUCAACAAAAUCUUGCAAUGCAAUCUGUCAUAUACUGUAAUGACUAAAUGACAAAUCGAGUUUGUACUAGUACAAAGAUUGAAAUUUGAGCGAAUUAUUUUUUACAAGGGGAAGGGCAAAGGGGGAUUAUUUUAGGAUUACAUUGGUUACUUUAUAGAAUGAGCGAAGAAAUGAAAAAUGAAAAACGAAUAUACGAUAGAAAACACUAUUUCUUUUUGCUGUAGUACCCAGUAUCUUAGAGAAAAGAGUAGUAAUAUUUUUUUUACAAUUUUCUAUAUUUCCUUUUUCAUAAAAUAAAAUGAAUGUGGAAUAAAAAAAAAAGCGAAAUCAUGGUUUUUCCGCUUAAAGCUGGGGUUUCGAACGCAUUCAAAUUCUUCUGAGAAUACUAUUCAACUAAACCAACUGUUUUUUCAUAAAUGAAGAAGUUGGUGUAAGUCGACUUCUUAACCACUAGAAACUUCGAUAAAACCACAGACAAACAGACGUAACAGUUUGAAGAAAAUUAAAAAAAGUCGUCGCUCAGAUAUACUAGCCACAACUCUUGAACACAUUGCACAAAAUGUGAUUCUGGCAACCAUGACAAAUAUAUUUUUAAAACGAGGUCCUGGUAACAAUGCCCACACCGCUGUCAAAUGCAAGAUGAUAAAUAAAAGGUGGGAGCAUUACUGCAGUUGUUAAAUUUGAAUAACGAAAAAAAGAAUCGCCUAUGUCACGUACUUCAAUUUUCCAUGGGAUGAUUGCAAUUGGCCAAUUUAAAGAAUGCAGAGCUACGGCUACCUUAUUAAAACUCAACAAAAUCAUUUAUUGUUACGGGAAAUUAAGCAACGCCAAAAUUGUUUUACUUUUCGUGUGAAGAAAUCAAUUCUUGUCUUUUAUUGGUCGAAUCAUAGAUUUUUUGUUUAAAAACUCUUCUUUUCCGUCGCUCUUUUAGAAUCCCGGAUAUAUCAGGUGCCUAUUCUUCAUUUUAGUUUCCAGGCUGGGGUUUACUUUUAUUUCUUAUAAGAACAAGGCUAUGUAGCCUAUUUUUAAAGCGUCGGCUGUGAUAUCGAGGUCAUCAUUGGAUCAAGGUCGCGAAGACACAACCCCUAGAAUUUCCUUGCCAAUAUCAAAAUGAAUCACAUUCGCAUCAUUGAUUUCAUUUUUCACUUUUUGCUUUGGUGAAAGCUCAUCCUGUAGGUUAUAGGAGAAUUCAAUUUUAUCAAAUUCUAAAUUCUAAUUCUAAUGAUUCUGCAUACGAGUCCAUGACACUACUUUCCCUUUUAACGAAAGCUUUGCUUCUAUCUUGAGUGCAAAGUAUGCUCGAUGUGUUGGUCUCAUACGGAACUGCAUCUUGACGCAACCUAAAUACGUACACUCAUAAUAAUUCCACGACUUGAUGUAUUACCCCCUGUUGGGUUGCAACGGAUCAUUAAAUAUAUCUGGAUUGAAUAUGGUCUGAGUGUAUCUUCAGUUUUCGUAGCUCUUGCACUCAGCCAACGUUGAAUUUCUCCAUCAGUUCCGGAGAUCGACAAAUUCGAAUCCAUUGCAUACAUCCGGUUAAUUUCGAUAGCCCGAACCAGUUCAAUUGGCAAGAUCAUGAAAUGUAUUUGUUCACCGAUCGGCAUCGUGCGGGAAACUAUGAAAUUAUUUUGAGCAAUUUCUCCCUUGGGCACCUCGAUAGGAAAUUAUUUCACGUGUCCGGACCCCUUUGUUUGUUUUGGUUUGCAUAAGAUGAAAAUGGUGGUAACGUUUUCGGGCAAGACGGUACAGGUCGCUACAUUUUUCUAAGUAUAAGUACAGUUGUCAUUUUUCUUCGAUAAAGCCGAUAAAGGAUAUGAAGAAGAAAAACAUAAACAAAUGAUGCAGUUGACUUUUCUGUGGCUAGAGGUUUUGUUUCGGUUCGGUCAUAAUUGUUUUUUAUCGGUAACUUGGAAAUAAAAAGUGUCCCUAAGUGUUCGAAUCGGAAGAUGCUAGGUGAAACUCGGCCUUUACUCUCUUUUCAUCGUGCGCCGACGAAUUAGAAUGCUCGUUCGGAUCUUUAACCCAUUAUUGCCCAACUUAUUUUUCACGCGCAUCACAAAUUGAGUUUUCCGAUCGGAAAAAAUUGAUGUGGUCAUUUCAGUAUAAUUAUUUCUGUACCCAAAGUAGCUGAUAUAAUAAGGAACAACCAGUGAAAAUUUCAGAUUGAUCGAUUAAUUGGUUCUUGAGAUAUCGUGUUCGCCGCGAAUGAACUUUUCAACAAAAUACAACUCCGAGAUAAUCGAGUUUUACUGUCGGUGAAGCGAGUCAACGGUCUAGCGUAUCAAACACUACGCGCCGCCUACUAGUGGUCGAUGGGUAGCGGUCUAUGAAUAGCUGUAACUCAAGAUGUAGUAUUCCGAUCUUAAUGAAAUUUUGACAAAAUUUUCCUCAGCGUAUGUAGUUUCAGAAUAUCUAAUUUGCAAAAAAUCGAUUUUUUUCAUCCUGACAAAAAUGUGUAACCCCUUAAGGAAAAAUUGAUUGAACACAAAACAUAAACACCAGUUUAACCACUCUAACUUCUCUAAACGUAUUCUGCAAGAGUAUAUGAACAAUAUUAACACAUUGAUAAUGCCUGGUCUGCGUUAUUAUUUUAGUAAUAGGAGUUCUUCUUAGCACCUACUAUAUAUAGUAGGUUGGGCAAUAAUGGGUUAAGUUUAUCUCCAGGGUCGCGGACGCCAUGUUGCAUUUUCCGUGUAUAAAACUAAUACACUCGAAAGUAACGAAUGUUUCCACCUUUCUUUUCCUUCAUCUUGGUUUUUAAGUGUGUGCUGUACAAAAACAAAGUGACGCAUUAUGGCUAUGUGUCAAAAUUGCUUCACUAGCGCCACGCACGGUCUUACAGGCGCAUUUUUCAUGAUUUAAAUCGACUGUUUUUUCUGGGGGCGAUGAAAAUUAAUCUCGUGUGUUACGUAUGUUUGUCUAUGAUGAAAUUUCAAUAACUUCCAGGAUGAUUUUAGAACGAUUUAUAAUUUUAAAUUAAGUUGUAGACAAUGAAAUUGUCCGCCAAAAUCUCACUUUUUGUAAUGUUCGAAUGUCUAAACUGGCAUCUGGCGGGCAAAAUUUGAACUAGUUUCAUUGUAAAACAGAAGUUUUCAUACAAAAAGUCUCAAAACUAAGAGUUGUUUUAUACUCCCAUCGAUUAUUGUACUUUAGGGCUCGAUUGAAAGAUGAAAACCAAUUUUUUAUGUCUUGAAGUUUUACAGAUACUGAAUUGUAUUGAAUAAAGUUAAAAAAACACCAUUCUACUACUGGUCGAGAAAAAAGAAUGCAGCACUAUUUUUAACCAAUUAAUUGUUAAAUAACCAAUACUUCAAACUCUUUUGCGUAUUACCGAAAUCGGAUAAGGGAAUUCCAUAGACUAUAGGACAAUUAUGCGUAGACCCGUAGUGUGCGGUUGGCCAGGUUGGUCCCCGCCAAGGGUGCCGGCCCUUGGGGGCGUAGAAAUCUAAACUGUUUCAUAAAAUUAUUGGACUAAGUCAUAAAAUAAGUCAAAAUAAGGGUGCCAAAUCCAGGUACUAGUCUAAUCUAGUCCACACAAACACAGCCAAUACAUGUAGGGAUCCUGGAAAAUGGCAGACAUUCGCCUACAAUUUGUCCUGUCAAUAUUAAUGUUUGUGGUACAUAUGGUAUGUGACACAAUCAUUAAAGCGGCCAGGCUAACUGUGCAGCGUACAAAAUGAAGAUGAUUCAAAAUUGUACGGCAAUCAAACUAUUCAUUUAAUGAAUGAUUUAAUCAACGAAUUAUGUUGAACUUAGAAUAAGGAAGAAACCUGAACAACCGUACCGACCGUUUCAAUUUGAUGGGGAUUGGGUAAAAUCGUUGGGAGUGACUUCGUUAAGAGGGUUAAUGUCACUUCUUUGGUCUCAAGGUCCUGGCUAAUGAGCCAAGGCUAUAACGCCUUUACUCGCUCUCUGAAAUAAUGAUAGAGAAAAUUGGGUUCAGGGUGCCAAUUCCAGGUAAAUACUAAAUCAUUGUUCGAAAGGGGUACUGGAAAAAAAGUAAACGAUAACACCAAAGGUUCGCAGAACCAAGAGUGAUAUAAUAAAUAAAUAACGAAAAAUAGCGAAAAUUAUUGCAUACUUUAUCGCUUGUUUUCUCUAUUUCAAAAUAUAAAUGGAAUAGAUCACGUUCAAGGACUGUAAAGCAGACUGCCUCCUUAAAGCAUGGCGGGCAUAGCGUAGUUGGUAAAUCGAUUGCCUUGUACGCAGCUCACCUGAGUUCGAUUCCCAAACCCGCACAUAGGGUUUGAAAUUUUUCUACAGAUUUUUCGAGGCUGAAAAAAGAAAAAUUUCUAUAAACGGAAUAAAAAAAUCGAAAAGACAACCCCACGUCGUUCUGCGAGAGCUGAAGUCUCGUCGGUGCCAAAAGGAGUUCCGAAAUAACACAAAGUGACCGGUAUCCAACAUAAGCCAGUCCUGCACUAAGUUGACUCUAUAGUUGAAAUGUGUUCCUGGAAGCGCUCGGAGCUCGUUUGAUCUCGAAUUUCUAAUAUCAGUGGCUUUCUGCUUAUGCUUUGUAUCAGCGCUUCCUCGAGCUGUUUUAUUUGGUGGCCUCUCACGGGCAAAUUUUUAGCUUUCUCAAUGAAUCUUAUCAAUCUAUAGCUUUUCAGUGCAGUAAUGGACUGUCAGUCAUGUCAGAGUCAAACUCUUGAACCAAAUAUCAUAGUAUUUUGUCGUGAUCAAUGGUGCAACUCUGCAGUUUUACUACAAAAGAGUGCUUAGAGCGUCUUUUAAAGGAUCGCUUCAGUUUCUCCAGGCUCUGUUGGUAUCCGGAGUAUGGUAAUAGAUCAGAUGGACUCUUCGCACGAUAGGUACCCUUUUCAGCAUACCUAAUGCGAAACCCAAUAAAAAAUAUUAUACACGAACUUUAACCUAGAUAGUCCAACGAUUCCACAUACUGUUUGGAUGAUACCCUGAACAAGUCGUUAGGCUCUUGAAUCAUAAGAUGAGAUGAGAUAGGAGUCCUUGAAACAGCAAACCCCGUGCUGCUUUAGAUCAAUGCCAAACAAAUUUGAAUCGGUGACCGCACCGUCGAUCUCAACUUUGUGGGCGGGCAUGUAGACGCGGUAGUCUUUUAUAAAAUACAUGCUUGCUUUAGAUAAGAUUUGCUUGCUUUAGAUAGGAUAUCACAAUGCUGAGCUUAUCUUCUUUAGAAUACUGAGCGCAGCAGAAUCCGGGCAAAAGAAAAACUCAGAGUACGAAAGAAGAGACAGAAAUUACGGUAGAUUUAAAAUGUUGUCACCUAGGUUUUCUCGAUAUUUGGCUGGAUGCAACCGAUAGUAAAUGGCAAAAGGAAUGUGUAAAAACCUUUAACAGCAGCAGAUCAUGAAAGCAUUGUUGUUUUACGUGCUUGUGCAAAAGGAAUGUCAUGACGGCAAUUGGACUGGUAAUUCAAAUCUAAUGAUAUGCACCGCAAUCAUCAAUCCACCAACCAGGUCACAGCUCCUAAAAAUUGUCUCCUCAGAUAUAAAGUCUACUGAGUAGAUGCUCUAUCAAAGCAUAAGGAUGAGUUCUGCAACGGAAUGUCAAGGCUUUUGUCGUUAUUAGAAAUAUCAUAACUAUAGUCUCUGUAGUUUGGCACAAUUCAUAUUAUUUUUAUAUUAGGAAUCUUAUAGAAAUCGGGCGAGUGACCAUUUGGUUAAAGCCCCAAUAAACAAAUCAAUCUUAUUGAAAUGUUUGACCAGUAAGCCUUCCUGCAUCGGGAGAGAAAUCAGUAAACGAUCUUGUAUGUGUUUAUCGUGUAUCGUAAAUCAGAUGCAGACUAAAGCUAGCAUUACUACAUUGAACAAACUUUGACUAAGCAAAAUUAAGCUUAUCUAUAUCCGCUACGCGCUAGGUAUGUGAGUAGUUUUAAAUUUACCAGAAAUUUUUUAUUUGAACAUCAAUCAAAUUGCGUUAUCCUUGCCAUACACGACAAACAGCAAGAUCUUCAUUGUUCUACUAUCAAAAUAUUCAUCUGGAUUCUUCGCGUUUCAGCCUGUGUCGAAAUGUUUAGCCCGCAAUUCGCUUAAAUAUAUAUAAAACCAUCAAAAGCAUUAUUGUGAAAAAUUGCGUUCAAUUACUCUUCUGUUCCUGAUUAGUUUUGCUAAACUGAAACCAAUAUUCUUGAUUACUAACACUCACGUCUAUCUACAUUCUCGUUGUUAUUUAACUUCUUUUGCCCUCAAUCGCAAAUCACUUAUCUCAAAAAAAUACUUCCAAACCAAACCAAAAAAAUAUCAAACCACUCAAAAACCGUUCGCAGUUGGUAAGUAUGCUGUCAGCUAACAUUAGUUUGUUUCAGCAUUUUGUCCUGUUUGGUUGUAUUGAAUCAUCUCCUUUCGUUGCCAUUCAGUUUCAUGUUUAUCUCUUUAGUUGUGAGUCGUGUGCGUUUUGUGUCGUCGCUAUAAUUAUUUUGUUUAACAUACAGUUUCAUCACUUUUUAGUAUGAGCAUUUUUGUUUCUUUUAUUUAUUUACUGUAACUUUUUUUACACUCAUAUAGUUACUGCGUUUAUUUUAACUUAUUAUCUCACAAGAUAACCGCCUUUCCUCUGAAGUCGCCACCCGAAAAGAGAAGGAAAUGUUUCUUAUUUGGUUCUUUUUUCUCUCCUUUUUCCUAAAGACAGACCAAUAUUAUGAUGAAUAUAAAUUUAACAUAAAGGAAAGAUCAAAGAAGAAACACUCGAAACGAUCCGGACGUCACCGGGAUGGUGGCAGCGAGGCCCCAUCGGAUUCCGACUCAGCGUCGGCCAGCUCCGGCGAGGACUCGGACCACUCGGAUCGUGACGGCGAAGCAAGGCGCAAGAAAGCAUCUCGCAAGGAUAAGAAAAAGAAAAGUACCAAAAAGAAGCGAGCAAAGUCAGACUCCCUCUCACGUGACAGUUCUCCUACGAAAAGACCAGCUCAGACUCGAGAAAAGGCAACCAGCAAGAAAGAUAGGGAUCGUCAUGCGGAAUCGAGCUCGACUCGAUCUCAUCAUGAUCGAAGAGACAAUGAAAGCCGGGAUGACCGCCAGUAUCAGCAGACACAACGCAAUCGUGAGGAUCGCCACACAAAAGACGAACAUCGGGAAAGAAGGGGUCGGUCAAGAAAUCGCUCCAACAGAUCGAUGGAGAAAGCCCGAUCAAGAUCGAGAUCAAGAUCAUUACGCAAGGAAAGGUCUCCGGUGGCUUCGAAGGAAAGAAGUAGACGCAAUAAGUCUCAAGAAAGACGUGACAAAAGUGUUGAAAAAAAUAAAGAACGAAGAAAGGAUAAAUCACCUAAGAAGUCGGAUGGUGAAAAAAAGAAGUCCGGGCGUCGCUCGAGGUCAAGAUCAAGGUCCAAAAAUAAGAAGAGAGAUGAAAUGAGAGUCAAGCAUAGAGAGCGUUCUCGAUCCAAUAGCAUGGCAAAUGAGCAAACUAAGUUCAAUGAUAAACGUAGACAUCGCUCAAGAUCAGCUAGUAAAAACAGGGAUGAUCGAAGGUCUAGGGAAAAACGAAGUGAACGAGCUGCUUUGACUAGCCGACAAAGAGAACGUUCUGGUUCCAGAGCGAAGCGCCAGUAUCAAUCAAAAGAUAGCAAAGAAUCUAGAAGAUCUGUUUCACCCGAAUCCAGAAAACGAGACAGAAGCAUCAGUCCCAAGAAAAAGGCAAGCUCGCCAGCAAAAACUAAAGCAAGACAAGAAUCGCCAGCCCCACGAUCCUCUAAAAAUAAGCCAAAAGAUCGCAGAGAUCCUAAGAGAUCAAUUUCCCCAGAUUACAGGAAAAGAGAUCGUAGUGUCAGCCCCAAGAACAAGUCAAUUUCGCCAGCAAAAACUAAAACCAGACACGAAUCGCCAGCUCCAAGAUCUAGGAACAAGUCAAAAGAUCGCAGAGACACUAGAAGAUCUAUUUCCCCAGAUUACAGGAAAAGAGACAGAAGCGUCAGUCCCAAGAAAAAGACCAGCCCUCCGGCAAAAACCAAAAAUAGGCGCGAAUCACCGCUACCUAAAUCUUCUAGAAAUAAAUCAAAAGAUCGUACAGAUUCCAAAAGAUCUGUCUCACCAGAUUACAGAAAACGAGACAGAAGCGUCAGUCCUAGGAAAAGGCAUAGUCCACCAGCAAAACCUAGAAACAGACACGAAUCGCCAGCUCCUAAAACAUCUAGAAACAAAUCAAAAGAUCGCAAGGAUUCUAAAAAAUCUGUUUCGCCAAGUAGCAGAAAACGGGAGAGAAGUGUCAGUCCUAAGCCGAAAUCCAGUCCUCCAGCGAAAUCUAGAAAUCUACAUGAAUCGUCCAAAGUUCGUCGGAACAAAUCAAAAGAUCGCACUGAUUCUGAAAGAUCUGUUUCACCAAAAUACAGAAAACGAGACAGUAGCAUCAGCCCCAAGAAAAAGCUCAGUCCACCCCCGAAAUCUAAAAAUCGUCAAGAAUCACCCGCACCUAGAAAUUCAAGGAAAAAAACACCUAGCCCUUCGCCCGUUCGAAAAGAUCACCGACGCUCGCCAAGAGAACGCAGAAGACCACAAUCAAAAUCACCACCAAACAACCAAGAGGAACGCAAUAUGAACAACCGCAAGCAACGAUCCAGAUCUCCGAUUAGCAAACGUAAAGAUCGCUCAAAGUCUCCUGCAGUCAGCAGGCAAAGAGAGCGAUCUGAAUCCCCUGCUGUUUCAAAACGCAAACGUUCUCGAUCUUCAGACAAAGUGAAAAAGCACCCGUCUAACCAUCCCUCGUCAAGCCGAGAUAGCCGUGUACAAUCUCCAGUCAGUCACAGACAGCGGCGAUCACGAUCAGCGGACGUUUCUAAAAAAACGAAUCGAUCCAGAUCGCCAGUGAGUAAGCAGAAGUUACGAUCAAAAUCCCCACAGGGUAAAAAAUCUUCUCAUACACCAAGCCCAGAGAAGCCGUCUCUGGCUCAAAGAUCACCCCCUCCAGAUGACUAUCAGUCCACGACACCGAAGACUGUGCAAACUAAGAACAAUCGAAGUCGCUCUUCGUCCAGAGAUUCUUCCGGUUCUGCGUCGUCCGAUCUUAGCUAUUCGCCAGCACAACGAGACCCAGAAAGAUAUCGUGACAUACUGGAUAAAGCAGCAAAACAAACUAAAGACACAAAAUUGCGCUCCCGAUCGAAAGAGUUGUGUCAAACUUCGUCUGUUCCUAAGUCUCCGUCGACAGAAGUGAAGUCGAAGAAAAAUAGCCCCCAACCUAUGCAUUCACCGAAACAACUUCAUGAUCCUCCACGUUCCUCGCCAUCCACGAAGCACAUGUCCAAAUCACCGCCAAGAUCUCCUGCGAAAAAGAGACGCCAUUGCACUCCCCCCUUGAUGGAUGCAUCGACCAGUAAGAAAAAAGACUCACUCUCCCGUUCGCCUGCUUCAAGAAAGCGUACAGACAACACGCCCUCUCCGCCACGAUCGAGAGCUAGUGAAUUCAGACGCUCGCCUCCAAAACAGACCGUUGAAGUAACACCAGAGAUACGCAAGCCAACUGAGCAUGUCGGUAAUAACAAACAAUCACCAGAAACUCCUCCAAGACGAACAGAAAGUCCACCCCCAAAACAAACAAAAAGUCCAACUCCCAAACGAUCAGUUCCAGCUUCAAGCGAUAAACCCAAGCAUAGCAAGAAACCGAAGAAAAAGCUACCGCAGGUAAUCCAACCAGUUGUCAAACUACAAUCCCCAGCUUCAUCUUCGUCGGAAUCGGAUGCAGAAUCACAAGAUCAAAGCGGAAAAUCCAACAAAAAAGACAGGUCCGAUCAUUUGGACGCCUUCUUACCUUCCUACAGCGACACUCGCGAGGAUAAGGAUCUAUGCUUACUAAAAGCAUUGAAGCACGAUUUGGCCGCUAAAGCGAAACAAUGUCUGGAGAAAAAGAUAUCCGUUUCAGAGCAGUCCAGUAAAGGCGAUCCCUCGGAGGUAGGUCCUCCCCGAGUGGGAGAAAGUCGUGAACGGAACAUUCAGAUUCAGCAAGCUAAGACGUCUGCUAGUUUAGCGGCCAUCAAUACAGGCACUGUUGGCGGUGGGAAGGGAAUUGAAUUCUGUUCCGAACCGCCAGAGGAAAUAGUUAGAAAAAAUGAGACCCCCGCCAGAAGUGGACCGUCACCGGGCAGCGGUUUCGCCACAAGUCAGAUGAAGAAGGAUAUUCAUGACAUUUUGACAACGGUUGGAGCCUGCCGGAUGGAUGACAGUAAGAACGAUGGUACAACUGUUAGUCUGACGAAAAGUACUAUCCUGAGCGCAGUUGAUAAUUUACUGAAGGAAAAAAUAUCCGGUACAAUGGAGUCGGCCAAUCCGAGGAAGUCCCGCAGUGCGUCCAAGUCGAGAUCUAGAUCCCGAUCCAGAUCGCAUAGAUCGCGCAGCUACAGCAGCUCCAGUUCGAGUUCACGCAGCUCCCGUUCCCGCAGCCGCUCGUCCCGAUCUCGCUCGCGUUCCAGUCGCGAUAGCAGCCACUCCCGAUCGCCCAGCAGUACUUCACGAUCCAGGUCCAAAACACCCCCGCCGCGCCGUUCUCGAUCACUUUCGAUACCACGCCGGGCCGGUUCACCCAGUUUUCUUGAUCGGCGUCGAAUUACCAGUGCUCGGAAACGUCCCAUACCAUAUCGCCGUUCGUCUCUAUCGUCGCAAUCGAGUGGCAGCAGUUACAAUAGCCGCAGUCGCUCGCGAUCCAGAAGUCACAGUAAAAGUGGUUAGGUUGCUUGUUAAGAUCCAUUACCAUACUGUUACCAUACUUCAACCGAAAAAAGUAAAGAAAAACUAGAUUCUUUUAAUGCUGAAAACAUUGACUCAAAAAUCAAAAACAAUCAAAUAAAAGCAAAUCCUUUAGUUUGAUGCAUGUUGAUAUUCUGGAGCUAUCUGGCACUAAUAAAUGAAAUACUCUCAUAAUUAUUGAUCUCAUCUACAAGGUGCGUUUAUUCGUAACAUUUUUUUAGUAAUUACAGCUGUGUGCUUUAAGUUAGUAGUCAACCGCAACGGGUUAGAAAAUUUAACUGUAAUUCAUUUGAACUAGUCACUUUCAAGGUGCAAUUACUGAAUUUCUUAGUAUUACUUAAUUUAUUUAUCCUAACUUAUUUAAUUAUUUAUGAGUUUCUUUAUCAUACUAUAUCAUUUCUAUUUAUCAUAAUUCAGACUAAUCUAAGAAACAUGUUUUCAGUGGUCAAUACAAUGUGAUUAAUAACGUA